AGGACACUCAUGUCCAUGGGGAAGCGUAAGCCCCCUGAGGAGGAAAACAAGUCAGGACUUGGCAAGGAGAGAAUGUCGGACGGGACUACUGCAACAGUGGGGUCCCGGGACCACAGACUCACUCCUCUCUUACCCUCGCCGCUGUGAGCCGGAGGAGCUGAACAUCCAUCCCCUUCCACUCCAGGCCUGGACUUCCUGCCAAGAGCCAGCACCACCAUGAGGGCGGAACCCACGAACGCCACCAACAUCUACGACGCCAGCGAGGAUUAUUUUGGGUCGCCUAACAGCUCAGACUAUAUGCUGGACGAUGAGAGCUUUCUGUGUUCCCUGCAGGAGGUCAGGAACUUCUCCGGGCUGUUUGUGCCACUCGCUUACUCCUUCAUAUGUGUCUUUGGCCUCCUGGGCAAUAUUCUGGUGGUGGUCACCUUUGCUUUCUAUAAGAAAGCCAAGUCAAUGACAGACGUUUAUCUCUUGAACAUGGCUGUCGCAGAUAUACUCUUUGUCCUUACCCUCCCGUUCUGGGCAGUCAACCACGCCAGCGGCGAGUGGAUCUUCAGCAACGCCAUGUGCAAGCUGACGCGGGGCAUCUACGCCGUCAACUUUAACUGUGGGAUGCUGCUCCUGACCUGUAUCAGCCUGGACCGCUACAUUGCCAUCGUGCAGGCCACCAAGUCCUUCCGGCUCCGGUCCAGAACCUUGGCGCACCACAAAAUGAUCUGUUUGGUCGUGUGGGUGCUGUCCGUCCUCAUCUCCAGCUCCACCUUCACGUUCAACGAGAAAUACAAGCUGCAAGGCAGCGACGUCUGCGAGCCCAGGUACCACUCGGUCUCCGAGCCCAUCCGGUGGAAGUUGCUGAUGCUGGGGCUUCAGCUCCUCUUCGGCUUCUUCAUCCCGCUGGUGUUUAUGAUAUUUUGCUACAUGUUUAUUGUCAAGACCUUGAUUCAAGCUCAGAAUUCUAAAAGGCACAGAGCCAUCCGCGUGAUCAUCGCAGUGGUCCUCGUGUUUCUGGCUUGCCAGAUCCCGCACAACAUGGUGCUUCUUGUGACGGCCGUGAACCUGGGCAGGACGGACCGCUCGUGCAGCAGCGAGAGGCUGCUGGGCUACACCAAGAACGUCACCGAGGUCCUGGCUUUCCUGCACUGCUGCCUCAACCCGGUGCUCUACGCCUUCAUCGGUCAGAAGUUUAGAAGCUACUUUCUGAAGAUCAUGAAGGACCUGUGGUGUGUGAGGAGGAAGCAGAAGGCGGCGGGCUUCUCCUGCUCCCGGCUGCACUCGGACACCUUCAUCUCCCGGCAGAACAGCGAGACAGUGGACAACGACAACCCAUCCUCCUUCACCAUGUGAUACCCUGCGCCCAGGCUCGGCACAGGUU